AUGGAGAAGGAGCAGGCUUUGGUGCGACGGAUCACUAACGAUAUGCAAAUAGCGCAUUAUGUUCGACAAAUGGAAAUGGCUAGAAGUCACGGAAAGCGACAUCGAGGAGCGUUCUCUACCGGUGUGUUUCGCAUUCGUUCGUUGAGAUUUUUUGAGGCUGGCCUUCGACGUGCUCUUUGGUAUCUUGGCAAGGCUAUCGCUAAUCAUAAGCUGCUUUUCGUGGUGCUCCCUUUACUUUUCGUCUCCUCAUCUCUGAUUGGUCCCAUUCUACAUCGUAAUAAAAUGACCGUAUCACUGCCAUUUUCUAUGCUUGGCGCAGACAGUAGUGACGUCAUCUCGAAUGGUUAUAGUAUUCAACGAACACAGAGAGGCUUCAACUCCAGUAAUCCUGCAUUCAGUGCAUUGGACUUUAUGGAUACGUCAACAUUUGGGGUGCUGUUAAAGACAACAUUAGCUAGGGACACCAUAUUACGCAAGGAUGCCGUCUUAGCAUACUCUGCUUUGAAGAAACGGCUAGACAACUACCCAGUCGGAAACAAAGAGUUCUUGGAAAUAUGUUCACCUGAUUGCGAAUUGGAGAAAGAGAUGGUUGACAAGAUUAUCAAGAAGAGUCCUCAGGUCGCGCUCACCUAUCCGGAGACGUUUGUUAGCAUGAGCAAGGAUUCUACCAAUCUUAGUCGUGUCUACCUGGGAUCUGCUAUUGGAGGAGUCGAAACCGAUUCGGAUGGUGCAAUUUCGCGUGCUCAAGCAUUGCUUCUUUCAUUCAAGUUGAAGGAUAGCAUUACAGGAGAGCAAAUUGCUGCUUGGGGAGAUAACUUGGAGGAGCAGGUUCAUGUCACAUCUGCAAACAAUGUUUCAUUGUCCUAUUGGUCUCCCUCGUCAUUCUCAUCCUGGGUGAUUCGAGCCUUGUCGAAAAGCUACCGAUGGCUUCUUGUCUCAGCUUCUGUUCUAGGCCUCUUCUGUUUCUUAGCGUCGUUUGGCGCGAAUGCCUAUCAGUCGAAACCACUUGUUGGCAUACAAAUCGCAUUCACAUUGCUGGUCUCUUGUGCUGGUGGUCUGUUUGUACAGGUGGCUGGUUCGGGCACAUUCAAUCCGCUCAUCUGGCCAGUG